AUUCAGCAAAUUCAGUGUCGCCGUCUAUUUGGGUGAACUUUUGUGAACUCUUAAUUUCAUAGAGAUUCCUGCAUUCCAUGGAUUCCAAUUCCUCUCCUUCUAACACCAUCCCCGUAGUCUCGACGCUUGCUUCGCCUCUGGAGUCCCCUCCUCCUCCUGCUCUCAACGCCGAUGCCGAUUCUUCAUCCUCAUCGGCCAGAAAGCCCAUCACCCUGUGGCCAGGAAUGUACCAUUCGCCGGUCACAGAUGCUUUGUGGGAAGCGAGGGCCAGUAUCUUCGAGGAGCUUUACGACCCAGAAAAAGACGGGCUUCCGCAGACCGAAUUUCUCACAAGAACUCCCUCCCAGAGCCGCACCACUAUUCUCUAUCGUUUUUCGUCUGACUAUUCCUUGAGAGAACAGUAUAGAGAUCUCUGGAACGACGUCAGAAUUGGGAAAUUGGUUGAAGAGCUUGAUGCCUUGGCUGGGUUCAUCACCGUCAAACAUUGUUCCGAUGACGAUAGCACCACAAGGCCACUCUUGCUGGUCACUGCUUCUGUGGACAGGAUUGUGCUGAAGAAGCCGAUCAGUGUUGAAGUUGAUCUCAAAAUGGUCGGUUCUGUGAUAUGGGUCGGCCGCUCCUCAAUGGAUAUUCAACUGGAAGUCACUCAGUCAAAUGAAGACUCAGUAGCUCUGACUGCCAACUUCAUAUUUGUGGCUCGUGACUCCAAGACUGGCAAAGCAUCUCAGGUGAACCGGCUCUGUCCAGAAACUGAACUGGAAAAGUUCCUAUUUGAAAAGUCUGAAGCGAGAAACAAAUUGAGGAGGACUAAGAGAGGAGGAGAUAGAAGGGAACUUGAGAAUGCGGAAGUGAAUAGACUCAAAACACUGUUGGCUGAGGGCAGGAUUUUCAGUGACAUGCCAGCCUUGGCAGACAGAGACAGCAUUCUUCUAAGGGACACUCGCCUUGAGAACGCUUUAAUUUGCCAUCCACAACAGAGGAACAUGCAUGGUCGAAUCUUUGGAGGGUUUUUGAUGCACCGAGCUUUUGAAUUAGCUUUCUCAACAGCUUAUGCCUUUGCUGGAUUGGUUCCUUGCUUUCUUGAAGUUGAUCAUGUUGAUUUCUUAAGACCUGUGGUUAUCGGAGAUUUCCUUCGUAUGAAAUCAUGUGUUCUGUACACAGAAGUUGAGAAUCCUGAGCAGCCUUUAAUCUAUGUUGAAGUUGUUGCUCAUGUAACGAGGCCUGAAAUGAGGUCUAGUGAGGUGUCAAAUACUUUCUAUUUCACUUUCACCGUACGUCCAGAGGCAAAAGCCAUAAAAAAUGGUUUUAGAAUCAGGAAUGUGGUUCCAGCAACAAAGGAAGAAGCCCGUCGUGUUCUAGCUCGGAUGGAUGCUGAGGUCUUGAAGAGGGUUGAUGAUCAAGAAAGCAUGCCACAAUGAAUCAGAUGAGGCAAAGGGCAAAGGGCAUGGUGGCUGUGCUGAUUAGU